UUCAACCAAAAUGUAGACAAUGAAAUCCGGGAAGUUGCUAGAAAUGUAAGUAGAGAAUCGAGUGAUAAUGAAGGUCUGCAUUCGACUCGUUCAACCUUGGUUUCAAAUACUUCCCAAAUACCGGGACAAGUCCCCAUGACUAAAGAUUUGUCUGACUGCAUUGAUCCUAGGAUUGAUCCAUACUCUGAUCAAUUCGACUCUAAGAUCUGGGUACAAAAUUUCAGAAAGGUUGUGCUUUCGGAUCCAGAUUAUUAUAAACCAGCAUCCUUAGGAGUUGCCUAUAAGGAUCUUAGAGCAUAUGGACUUGGUGUCGAUUCUGAUUACCAGACUACAUUUGGCAACGGAAUAUAUAAAGUAAUCAGCAGGUUUGCAAGAAAAAUAUCCGGUAGAGAGUCAUUUUACGAUAUUCUUAAGCCUAUGGAUGGAAUUCUUCUACCUGGUGAAUUGACUGUUGUACUUGGUAGACCAGGCGCCGGAUGUACGACACUAUUGAAAACACUUGCAGCACAAACAUAUGGUUUCCAUGUUGAUAAGGAAAGUAUAAUUCUGUACGACGGUUUCACCCCAUCGGAUAUUAAGACACACUAUCGUGGUGAUGUUGUUUAUUGUUCAGAAACUGAAAAACACUUUCCACACUUGACAGUUUGGGAUACUCUAUACUUGGCUUCUAAGUUGAGGACCCCACAAAACAGGCCCUUAGGAAUCCCAAGAACUGUGUAUGCUAGGCAUAUGACUGAAGUUGUAUUGGCUACCUAUGGUUUGACUAAUACCAGGCACACAAAAGUCGGCAAUGAUUUUGUGAGAGGUGUUUCUGGAGGUGAAAGAAAACGAGUGUCAAUAGCUGAAGUUGCUUUGAAUCAGGCAUCGAUUCAAUGUUGGGAUAAUUCUACUAGAGGUUUAGAUGCGGCAACUGCAUUGGAAUUUGUUAGGGCUUUAAGGGUUUCAGCUCAAUACUCUAGGGCCACUCCUCUAGUUGCAAUUUAUCAAUGCUCUCAGGAUGGUUAUGACAUAUUUGAUAAGGUGAUAUUGAUGUACGAAGGCUAUCAAAUCUUCUUCGGUAGCGCCAAAAAGGCAAAACAGUAUUUCAUUGACAUGGGUUAUGAGUGUCCCCAAAGGCAAACUACGGCUGACUUCUUGACUUCUUUAACUAAUCCUGCUGAGAGGAUUCCAAGGAAAGGCUAUGAGGCGCAAGUUCCACGUACGCCUAAAGAAUUCUAUAAUUAUUGGCAGAAGUCACCUCAAAGACAAGAAUUAUUAUCUCAAAUUGAUAGCUACUUGAAUGAGCAUAAUGAGUCUGAUUCCAAGAGUGAGUUUCAUGAGUCUCAUGUCGCGAAGCAAGCAAGGCACACUAAUCCUGGAUCAUCGUAUACUGUGUCAUUCAUGAUGCAAGUUAAGUAUGUUAUCCAGAGAAAUAUUUUAAGACACAAGGGAGAUCCAUCUUUCAUGCUUUUCCAGGUUUUGGGCAACAUAUACAUGGCAUUUAUCAUUUGCUCCAUCUUUUACAAUCUUCUGCCCACGACAGACUCCUUCUACAGUAGAGGUGCAGCUUUAUUUUUCGCUGUCUUGUUCAAUGCAUGUGCAUCAGUGUUGGAAGUAUUUUCGCUUUAUGAGGCUAGACCCAUUGUUGAAAAGCAUAAGACAUAUGCAUUGUACCAUCCUUCGGCUGACGCUAUCGGUUCAAUAAUAACAGAACUUCCUUCUAAGAUCGUUACCUGUAUUGGAUUUAAUUUGGUCUACUAUUUCAUGAUUAACUUCAGGCGGGAUGCUGGUCAUUUCUUUUUCUAUUUGCUCGUAAACUUCACUGCUACCAUUUCCAUGUCUCACAUAUUUAGAACAAUUGGUGCUGCGACCAAGACGAUGUCCCAGGCUAUGACACCUGCAGAAAUAUUAUUGCUUGCAUUUGUAAUCUUCGCAGGAUUUAUCAUUCCGACGCCAAAUAUGCAUAAAUGGUGCAGAUGGAUAAAUUAUAUUAAUCCGAUCGCAUAUGCAUUUGAGGCUCUAGUUGCAAAUGAAUUUACUGAUAGACAUUUCGAAUGUUCAAAAUUUGUACCUUCUGGAGGCGACUACCCUGAUGAGGGACCAAACCGGAUUUGCAGCGUCGUUGGAUCUGUCGUUGGUGAAACCUUUGUUAAUGGUGAUGCGUAUAUAAAUGAAUCUUUCAAGUAUUACUCUUCGCAUAGAUGGAGAAAUUGGGUAAUUGUUGUUGGCUUCCUGAUUUUCUUUAUGUUUGUUUAUAUUCUCAUGUGUGAGUUUAAUAGGGGAUCGAGACAGAAAGGUGAAGUUCUUCUCUUCCAGAAGAUGUUUCCUAAAAAACAGGUUGAUAUGGAAAUGGGAAAAAUGGAAAAAUUUACACCAGAAUUCACUGGCAAUUCAAGUCUUGAAAGUAAACCAAAGCAAACAUAUACUGGGGGUAUUUUCCAUUGGAGACAUUUAUCAUACAGUGUGAAAAUCAAAUCUGAAAAUAGAGUAAUCUUGGAUGACAUCGAUGGUUGGGUCAAGCCAGGUGAGAUUACUGCCUUGAUGGGAGCGACAGGUGCUGGAAAGACUACAUUAUUGAAUGCCCUCUCGGAUAGGUUGACUGUUGGUGUUGUCACCGACGGCGUUAGAAUGGUAAACGGAAGACAAUUGGAUGCUUCUUUCCAAAGAUCAGUUGGGUAUGUUCAACAACAGGAUUUACAUUUGCAGACAUCCACCGUCCAGGAAGCUCUAAAACUAUCUGCAUAUUUGAGGCAACCUUAUGCAGUAUCGAAAAAGGAGAAGGAUGACUAUGUAAACUACGUGAUUAAAUUAUUGGAUAUGGAACUGUAUUCUGAAGCUGUUGUGGGCGUGUCUGGAGAAGGUCUUAAUGUCGAGCAAAGAAAAAGGCUCUCAAUUGGCGUUGAAUUAGUAGCAAAGCCAAAGUUGUUACUUUUCUUAGACGAGCCUACAUCUGGAUUGGAUUCACAAACGGCCUGGUCCAUUUGCAAAUUGAUUAGAAAAUUAGCUGACAAUGGCCAGGCAAUUAUAUGCACCAUUCAUCAACCUUCGGCCAUUCUAUUGAAGGAAUUUGAUCGACUUCUUUUCUUGCAGAAAGGAGGCCAAACCGUAUACUUUGGUGAAUUGGGAGAUUUCUUUCAAACUUUGAUUGAUUAUUUUGAAAAGAAAGGUGCUCAUAAAUGCCCUGCGGAUGCUAAUCCAGCUGAGUGGAUGUUGGAGGUAAUUGGUGCGGCUCCAGGUUCUCAUUCGAAGGAAGAUUAUUCAAAGGUGUGGAAGAAUUCUGAAGAGUAUAAGAAGGUCCAAAGAGAAUUAGAUGCUAUGGAAAAAGAGCUCGUUGAACUACCAGUUGAUGAUGACCCAGAGAAGUUCCAGACAUUUACAAAUCCGUUGUGGAAACAGUAUUUAUUAGUUACCAAAAGAGUCCUCGAGCAGUAUUGGAGAACACCAAGUUAUACUUAUAACAAGGUGUCAUUGGCUAUCCUUGCUGCUUUGUUCAAUGGGUUUUCAUUUUUCAAGGCAGACAAAUCUCGUCAGGGCCUUCAAAAUCAAAUGUUUUCAGUUUUUAUGUUUUUGGUCAAUUUGAUGACUUUAGUACAACAGUAUUUGCCUCAUUAUGUUGCGCAGAGAGAUCUAUAUGAAGUCAGAGAGAGACCUUCAAAAACAUUCAGUUGGUUUGCUUUCAUUACUGCCCAAAUUAGUUCAGAGAUACCUUGGAAUAUUUUAUGUGGCACAUUAGCCUUUGUUUGUUGGUAUUAUCCUGUUGGUUUUUAUCGUAAUGCUGAAGAAACUAAUACUGUUAAGGAACGUGGAGCAUGCAUGUGGUUUGCCAUAGUCAUGUUCUACGUUUACACUUCGACAUUAGGACAGCUAUGUAUUUCUUUCUUGCAGUUGGCAGACAAUGCGACCAACUUAGUUGUCAUCUUGUUCAACAUGUGCCUUGCGUUCUGCGGUGUAUUGGUAACCAAACAAAAGUUGCCGGGAUUCUGGAUAUUCAUGUACAGGGCGAACCCAUUCACAUACUUGGUUUCAGUUAUUUUAUCUACAGGGUUGUAUGAUACAAAAGUUACAUGCUCCUCUAGAGAGAUUCUAGAUAUUCCUGUUCCGCAGGGAUUAACGUGUGAACAAUUUAUGGGACCUUACAUGGAGGUCUCUGGUGGCUACUUGCUUAGAGAUGGUGGCGAAUGCCGUUAUUGUACAAUGGCUAACACUAACGUAUUCCUCGAUCUGAUAAAUGCUAAUUAUCAUACGAGAUUUAGGGAUAUGGGGAUUUUUAUCUCGUUUAUUGGCAUUAAUGUUGUAGGUACAAUUUGCUUCUACUGGCUUGCUAGGGUUCCAAAGUUCAACAAAAGGUCAACUAAAUAG